AUGUCGACGAUCGAGUUUAGUAGAGGGCGAGCGGUGCUUGGUGCGCGGGCAUGGCGGCGGCGGCCGGUGUGCAGGUCUGGGCGGGCGACGUGGGGCGCGGAAAAAGCGAGAUUAGCGGCUCGGCGGUCAGCGAGCAAGCUGGUGCGGCGCGGGGCUCAACUCUGCGAACAACAAAACACACCGGUUACUCUCCGGGCUGUCCGCCCCGGAGCCAAGCUCAAGCGGCUACCGGGUUAG